AUGGCGACCAAAGAGAACGACCAGAAGCCAAAGCCGAGCAGUCUGCGGUCCAUCAUCGCUGGCUCGACAGCUGGAGCUGUUGAGAUCUCAAUCACUUAUCCUGCCGAAUUCGCGAAGACCAGAACCCAGCUCAACCGCCGAUUAGCGGACGGCAAGAAAUUACCAUGGCCUCCGUUCGGACGGGCGUGGUAUGCGGGAUGCACGACGUUGAUUAUUGGUAACUCGAUAAAGGCCGGCGUUCGUUUCGUCGCGUUCGAUGCUUUCAAGUCCCUCUUACAAGAUGAGAACGGAAAGAUAUCAGGCCCAAAGACUGUGAUAGCCGGGUUCGGUGCUGGAUUUACCGAGUCCCUCCUAGCAGUCACUCCGUUUGAGAGCAUCAAGACACAGCUCAUUGAUGAUAGGAAAUCUGCUAAACCACGAAUGCGAGGCUUUUUGCAUGGAAGUGCAGUUAUAUUCCGCGAGCGAGGCAUCCGAGGCUUCUUCCAAGGAUUUAUACCCACAACUGCGCGACAAGCAGCUAAUUCUGCGACGAGAUUUGGAAGUUAUACGACCAUAAAACAGUUUGCGCAGGGUUACAUAGCUCCCGGUGAGAAGCUUGGGACCCUGAGUACCUUUGCCAUUGGUGGAAUGGCUGGUCUUAUCACAGUGUAUGUGAAUCGAUAUUUUUAA